GAGUGUAAGCAGCUGGUGGUUAAUCUGUUUGCAAGAAUUCCUGUGAAGUAUAAAUUUCUCUUUCAUCCUAUUAAAAUACCUGUACCCUGAGAUUAGUUCUCACAUCGGUCCUGAAAUCUCCAAGGAGAACCAUUUCCAGUGGGUUAAAGGAGGUAAGUGCACUUGUGCCAAGAGAACUGCAGGAAACUGAUUGGAGGAAGAGCAAAUUGGAAGCACUUUUCAUUCCCACAGAAGGGCCCUGUGGUCACAGGAAGCAUGGCGUGUCCCCAAGCGAUGAACUCCAGCCAAGAAGAACCAGUAGACAGAACUCUUCUGAACCAGGCCCUGGGCGUCUUCAUGUUGGUGUCCUUCCUGGUGGGGAUCACACUGAACGGGCUCCUUCUCUGGCUACUGUGGGCCAAAAUGGACCGAACUGUGAAUAUUCUCUGGUUCCUCCAUUUGACUCUCUCCUACCUGAUUUCCUGCUGCUGCCUGCCCUUCUUUGGCAUCUCCACCUUCUAUUCUCAGUGGGUCUUCGACAAUUUUUCCUGCAAGCUCGGCAACUUCUCCAUUACCAUGGCCAUGUUCACCACUGUCUAUCUGCUCACCAUUAUCAGCCUGGACCGCUACCUGCUCAUCUGCCACCCCAUGUGGUCCCAGCGCCACCGCACAAUCCCCCGUGUGCGGUGGAUCAUUGCAGCAGUGUGGGUCACAUCGCUGUUUCUAAGCUCACCAUACUUGGCUUUUGCCAGCAUUAAAACGGUGAAGGGCAGCAAGGUCCACUGUGUAAUCGAUUAUGCUCUCAUCAGUAACUGGGAUAAGCAUGCCGUGUACUUGUCUUUCUUUGUGAUCCGGAGCCUGCUAGCCUUCCUCAUCCCCUUCUUCAUCAUCAUGGGCUGCUACUGUCUGAUGUGUAAGGAGAUAAAGAAGAAAAGGCUGAUGAAAAAUGAGAAGCCCUUCAGAGUCCUGUUAGCGGCUAUAUUGUCGUUCUUCAUCUUCCGGUCUCCCUACUACAUCUAUGCCGGUUCGUGUCUGCUGAAGGCGCCCAUGAACUUGCAAGCGUCACUGUGGAUGGUUUUCAUCAUUGGAAUUUGCCUCAAUAUCUGCUUCACCCCUGUACUCUACCUCUUUGUCGGGCAGAAAUUCCAGCAGGUCUUCAAGACCUCCAUCAUUGUCCUGCUCAGGAAGGGCUUCACAGAAAAUCCCAUCUGGUCAAGGCAAGAGUCUAGUACUGUCAACAAGUCCAAGGAGAGUAAAAACAGCAGUUGCCUGGAGCCGCUGUCCCCGCUACCUUCUCCCUGAGCAUGCUGCCCGGAGAGAAAGAGGCUUCUGUACAAGCAGUGAGAGCGUCCUCUUGUCUGCACUGCAUCACAUCAGGAGGUGCAGGUCCUGGCUUCGUGCUUACACAGGAGUCCUGCUUUUGCAUUCUUCCCAGCAGGAGGUUGGCCACGGUGUGCACAGAAGGCUGGGCCGGAUGUGUCCCUGGUCUGAUCCAGCAGGACUUUUCUUACAUUCUUAUGCUUUCC